AACAACAAUAAUAUUAAUAACAAUAACAACGAGUGUAUUGUACUAUCAAUUACACAAUGAGUGGCUAUUAUUAUAAUAAUAAUUGUGGCCAACAUUUUAUCGGGUAAUAGUCGGCAAGUGUGUGACUGUAGUCAAAUAUAUAUGAUUUUGUGGAUCAGAUUACCAGUGACUGAGAGAGAAUUGCCGCCAAUUGGUGACCAUCAUUGCGAUGACCACACCGCCGACGGCCAACAACAACAACAACGGCAGCGCCAACAACAACAACACCAUGGCUUACAUGCCGUCCAUAUCGGGCGUACCGCCGUCGGUAAUGUGUUCGCUACCACCCCCUGCAGCUGCUGUUGGUGCUGACCAAUGGUCGGCCGCAGCCGCCGGUAUUUUGGCGACACCGCAUGCGGCCGCCAUUUAUCAUCAUCAUUAUGGUUAUCAUCAGUCGAUGACACCAUACAUGAUGAAUGGUUUCAAUGGUAUGCCAAUGAUUGGCGGUCCGCCGCAAAUGAGUCCAUACUUUACCGCUCCCGCACCCGCCACUGCUGACAUCAAUGGUAUGGUUAACGGACAUCAACAACAACAACAGCAACAACAGUCAGUUGUGCCAUCAAGUCAUCAACGAUACGGUUCAAACAAUUGUGAUAUUAAUGGUGGUAUCAGUGGUUCCCAACAACAACAACACCAACAAAGUAGUCAACAAUACAACAGUAAUAAUAAUAAUAAUGUCUUCAGAGGUAGUGGUAAUAGUAGUGGUAAUAGUAGUAGUAGUCAUCACUCGACUAAGUCUUCUUCACGUCAUAACAAGUCAUACACUAAUGGCAAAAGUAGUCAAACAAUUAAUAAUAAUAAUAAUAAUAAUAGCUCUCAACGACAUCACGAUCGACAUCAUAAUCAUCAACAACAACAGCAUUAUCAACACAAUAGUAAUAAUUAUAAAAAUAAUGAUAACAAUAGAAGAUAUACUAAUAAUAAUAAUAGACAUCGAAAUGAUAGCCGAAUUGGAUCAAAGUAUAAUAAUAAUAAUACUAAUAAGUCAAUCGAUAGAAACAACGAUAAAAACGAGAGAUAUAGAGAAUCAGUGGAUCAGUUGUCUGAAAUACAUCCACCGUUGAAGAGACAACGAGUCAGCAAUAAUACUAAGACGACGACAAAAGAAAAGGAUGAAGAAAUUGGCGAAAAUUCUGGUAAAACAACUCAGAAACAAGAAACAACUCAUCCCGUUGUCAGUACCGGCAGCAGCGGUAAUGUUACCACAGCAACAACCGAACAGGUAUUGACACAACCGGUCGAAUGGAUGCGCUGUUCGCCGGCCGAUCUGUUUUACGAACCUCAACGUACUGCUGAUGGUAACGAUUGUUCUGUUGGAACCAAACGUAUGCAAGAUUUGAGAGACAAGUUUCGCUACGAUCUGUUGGAAAGAUCGCGACGGGCUAUUCAACUGAAGCCUAAAGUGGAACUACCGGCCCGUACUUUGAAGUUAAAACCUUCGAAAACAUGUUUAGCGUCGAGCAGUGAUUCAUCUUCAUGUUGUGACAGCGAUUCCAACGAUGAUGAUGACGACGACGAUGAUUGUGAAGAUACGGCAUUUGAAGAAUUGCAACGAAAGAAAAGACAUCCACUAAGACUUCACGAAGAGCUGUGGUAUAACGAUCCGGGAGAGAUGAACGACGGCCCACUGUGUCGGUGCAGUUCAAAGGCACGCAAGACGGGCAUCAGGCACGGCAUAUAUCCGGGCGAACAAUAUCUACCCGGGUGUAACCCGAACAGUAACAAUCGUCAUCGGCUACAUCACUAUCGUAUAUCAAUAACACCGCAAACAAAUUUUCUAACAAAAUUUCCGACAACCAUCGGACACGAUGGACACGAUUUUAUAUUUGAAGGCUACUCACUAUUGUCUCACUGGCCACUGACCAAUCCGAUUGCUUGCAAAGUUAUACGAUUUAAUAUUGAAUAUACCGUAACGUUUGUUGAAGAAAAAUUUCCCGACAAUUUCAAUGUCUUGGAUUUGGAUUAUUUCCAGCGAUACGUGUUCUUCGAGAUACUCGAAUUGGUUGAUCUUGACUUCAAGGCCUACAACAACGAGUCCACUGCCGACAGCAGCGGCAAUGAUUGUCCGCGGUUUCACUUUAUGCCACGUUUUGCGCGUCUACUUCAAGAUAAUGGCAAAGAGCUAUUGUCGAUGAAUGUUGUACUUCAGUAUCUGCUGAAUCAAAGCAAUCUGGUCAUCGAUGACAAUCGACUAGAAGAGUACAAACAGAUGGCGGAUGACCAGUGGACAGAUUAUGCUAAACAAUUGAAAGGUAUGAUAGUUACCUGUCCGGGAAUGAAGCCAUCAUCGCUAAGAGUCGAUCAAAUAGAUCGCGAAUCCGAUGAUUUGAUCGAUAAUACUAAUAAUAACAAUCAGAAAUCUAAUGAUAAGGACAGCAACAGUUGCAGCGAUGGUGACAACGAUGAAGACAAGAACAAUAACGACAGUGACACCGACGGUGUAGUCGACGACGACGGCUAUCCUGUUAUUGUUCACUUUGGUAUACGUCCGCCUCAGUUGAGUUACGCCGGUAAUCCUAAAUACCAGAAAGCGUGGCGCGAUUACGUAAAAUUUCGUCACCUAUUGGCCAACAAGAAGAAGGUUUCCUAUACUGAUAAGCAGACACUACUUCAGAAAGAAGAAAAACUCCAAGAGAUGCGUAUGAAAAGUGAUCUGAAACGUGAUGUUACGGUUGUCCUCAACAGUAAAGGUUUCUAUACGACUGGUCUUCAGUGUGAUAUUAUUCAACAUUCGCUACUACUUCCAGUACUUGUAUGUCAUUUACGGUUUCAUCAAUCGCUUCAGUACUUGGAAUCCAUUAUCGGCUAUACAUUUGCCGAUAGAUAUCUACUACAGCUGGCGCUAACACAUCCAUCAUAUCGUGAGAAUUUCGGUACAAAUCCUGAUCACGCCCGCAAUGCACUGACCAAUUGCGGCAUUCGGCAGCCACAGUACGGCGACCGACGCGUCCAUUUUAUGAAUACCCGCAAACGCGGUAUCAAUAUGUUAAUCAAUAUUAUGUCCCGAUUCGGUUGCAAUGAGGAAACUGUUUCCAAUAUCAAUCACAACGAACGACUAGAAUUUUUAGGCGAUGCCGUAGUCGAGUUCAUGUCGUCCAUACACUUGUACUUUAUGUUUCCCGAUCUGGAAGAAGGCGGUCUGGCCACCUAUCGGGCAGCGCUGGUCCAGAAUCAACAGUUGGCUGUAUUGGCCAAAAAAUUACAAUUGGAAAAGUUUAUGCUCUACGCUCACGGCUCGGAUCUGUGCCAUGAUCUGGAACUCAGGCACGCAAUGGCCAACUGUUUCGAAGCACUAAUGGGUGCCCUGUUUCUGGACGGCGGUAUCGAAGUGGCCGACCGAGUAUUUUCCAAUACAUUGUUUGCCGAUGAAAACCAGUUACUAGAUAUUUGGAUCAACUAUCCCCGACAUCCGCUUCAGCGACAAGAAGUGAACGGCGAUCGGCAGUACAUCGAAACAAUUCCCCGACUAAAGGAGUUGACCAAAUUUGAAGACAUAACGGGAAUCGAAUUUACACAUAUCAGACUAUUGGCCCGUGCGUUCACCCACCGGUCAGUCGGAUUCAACAAUUUAACUUUGGGGUCCAAUCAGCGUAUGGAGUUUCUCGGCGAUACCGUACUCCAGUUAGUGGCCUCAGAGUAUCUGUACAAAUAUUUUCCCGAACAUCACGAAGGUCAUCUAUCGCUGCUGCGUAGUUCAUUGGUCAACAAUAAGACCCAGGCAGUGGUAUGCGAUGAUCUGGCCAUGACCUCCAUUGCCAUCUAUAACUUUGCCAAAGGCGAGCUCAAAACUAAAGAUCGGGCCGAUCUGUUGGAAGCAUUUCUCGGGGCACUCUAUGUCGAUAAAGGACUGCCGUAUUGUCGACUGUUUUGUGAGGUUUGUUUUUUCCCCCGUUUGGAGCACUUCAUUAUGAACCAGGACUGGAACGACCCGAAGUCUAAACUACAACAAUGUUGUCUAACUCUGCGAUCGGUCGAUGGCGGAGAACCCGACAUUCCUAUCUAUAAGGUCAUUGAAUGCAGAGGUCCGACAAAUACCAGAGUCUAUGUGGUGGCCGUCUAUUUUCGCGACCAACGAUUGGCCACCGGUACCGGUCAUAGUAUACAAGAGGCCGAAAUGAGUGCCGCAUCCAAUGCAUUGGAAUCAUCGAGAGAAUUAUUCCCCCAAUUGAAUCACCAGAAGAAAGUGAUUGAACGAAGUGUCAAAUCAUCGAUUAAAACGCAGACAACAAAGUCAUCGACAAAAGACAACCACAACAAACACAGAAGACAUCAUAAAUAUAGAGGAAAUCAUUGUAAACGCGAAUCAAUUGAAGACAUUUGAAGAUAUAUUAUAUAUCAUAUUAUAUAGAAAACAAAAGACACACAAAAUUUAAAAAAAAAUGAUUUAUUUUUUGUGAUUAGUUUAA